UGUGGGGCUCUGCACACAGCUAUGAGAGCAUCAGGGUGCUCCUCCACCCCAACCCAACAAAUAUAGAACCAUCCUCAAAAAUAGCCAGGGAACAACGUGUAAUGGGUUUCACAGACAACACAUUCUCAUGCUGCGAUUGAUUUCGUAAUGUCUGGUGAGUGUCAUCACGCCGUGCUCAAAGCCUUGGAGCUGGCAUUCAGCGAGGACCCAGAGAAUGAAAAUUACCAGCUUCCCCGAUGAAUCACCACUUUGAAAAUUCACCCUUGUGAGAAUCCUGUGACUAUUCAGAGAAAGAAAAAAAAACAACAAAACAAAAAGAUAUUACAGGCCCAAGUCUAUCACUCAUGUAAUUAGCCCUUUCUAGGUUUGAUGUGGACAGGGCGGCAUUCCUAAAGCACCAUAAACAUUGGCCGGGACCAAUAAUGGCUCUAGAAAUGAAGUGGAGAAGUUCUCACAAUUAAAGUGAGGAAUGAGGACAGCAGCGGAUAGGUGCAUAAAUACACAGAGGCAGGGCCGUGAACACGCUGUGGGCUUGUGGCUGAGACAGCACCUCCCAAACUGGUCGCUUGCCGGGGACUAAAAGAGCAGCAUGAAGGCAACAGGCACCUCGGUGCUCCUCAGCCUGCUGCUGCUGCUGUCGUUCUUCUCGGGUGUAGCAGCUCAAGACAUUGAAGAGAUCUGCAAAGAGUUUUUAAACAGGAGUGUGUUCUGCACGAGGGAGUCCAACCCUCACUGCGGCACGGAUGGCGUGACGUACGGCAACAAGUGUGCCUUCUGCAAGGCUGUGCUGAGGAGCGGAGGGAAGAUACGAUUGAAGCACAUGGGGAAGUGCUGAGCCUGAGCACCAAGCACUGAUCCUCGUCGGUCACAGGCACAGGAUCCUGGGCAUGGCAGCAGCUGUCCUUGUCUCUGCCACCUCUGCUCAAUAAAAUAAA